CGAGAUCCGAGAGGCCACCAGACACCAGUCACAACGUCAGUGUUGCUGCGGCAGUGGUGGAGAAGGGGUGUCGCCACUGUGAACCGGCGCGCGGACGGUGCCUCUUCUCUUGCAAGCAGGUUUGGGCGGAAGGAAGCAGAAGGUAGCAAGAAGGACGCACGGACGGACGAUCGUGCUGCAUCAGUGACAAUUCUCGCGCGGAAGAGAAUAUAGUGAAGUUGAAGGCUGACCAGCGAGUUGUAUUGAGGUGACAGUGGUGUGCGGAGAAUGAUUUAAAAGUCGCGUGUGUGUUGCAAUGGCAAAAGCCGAACCAAAGUGGAGUGCGAGAAGAACAUUUGAAGCAGCAGGCGCGUUGGUUCGGUGUGCCAGAGCGGUCGACGCGAUGAGAUGAGAUGAGAUGAGAUGAGAGAGAAGGAAGCUACUGGACGAAAUUUUACCGCAUCGGAGAGUGCAACUGAAAAAUACAUAGGAAAAGAAAUACAAGAACAGUUUGACGAAGUAAGGCACUGGUAACUUCAAAAUAUAUAAUCGAAAAUAUAACAAAAAAAAAGGACGAGAAAGGAGAAAAAAAGAAUCAAAAUACCACACAAAGUCACCAAUAACGUAAAAAAAGACUGGGAAAAUAAACACAACAAAGGAAAGUGAGGAGGACAAGGAAAGAAGGAAAAGAUUUAAGGGGAGAUAGCAAACCAGACUAGACCGUUUUCAUCCCUUUGUGCUCCCUCCCUCCCUCCCUUCCUGCCUCCCUGCACCGCACCGCUGACACACUCAACACACGAACCAAGCACGGGAGGUGAAGAAAUCGUGUCCAUUAUUCCUCCAUAGCGUUCCUUACCUCCUUCACGACGGCGACCACAACGAGAACCGUCCCCAGGGCCACCCCAGACCCGCCCACCACUGCCACCAACACCCCAGUAACCAACACCGCCCACUCCACCAUCAUGGCGAGCUUACAACUGGAUGCGCUGAGUCGGCCGGGCAUGGGCGUGGGUGGAAGCAUGGGCGUGAGGAUGAGAAAGUCUUCAAUGCCCAUAGUCUCACCACGGUCCUUAGAAAUCCCUGCUGGUCAUCUGCCGCCUAAAUCACUCUCGAGAAGUGGAUCACCGGCCAGACGGCGGUUCUCUAACGUGAGCGACGCUGUCACCAGGAAGAUCUCCACCACGAUAGGCUGGCGCAGUGUGAACGUGGAUGCGGUGGUGACGCAGGCGAAGUGUCUCCUCACGCAGUACAUAAGGUCUCGGCUCAAGCGGGCGGGUCUUCUACAUAAAAAAUUGGGUCUACAGCGGCUCCGAUCCGUGGCUAACCUUGCUGGUGGCUGGGAAGUGUGCGAGGUGUUCCCCCGCGUGUCAGGUAUCGGCCAGGCUGAGAGGACGCACCCGAAGCUCUACAGCUCAGUGGCGCGUCAGCUCUCCAUCUCGCUAACGUCAGACAAGGUGGUGCGGUCGGUCAUCGUGCAGGUGGCGAAUCAGGUGUUCCGCGGGGAGGUGAACUGGGCCCGCAUCAUCUCCCUCUUCGCUGUGGCGGCAGGACUCGCUGCCGACUGCGUCAAGCAAGGGCAUCCCGAAUACGUGACGGGGGUGAUAGACGUGAUGGGGGUGGUGACGGAGAGACACACUGCGCCAUGGAUCGCUUCGCAGGGCGGCUGGAGUUCCCUCCUGUCGUGGUCGCAGACGCCGGAGACGGAGGGGUCGGCGUUGCAGGUGCUGGUGCUGGUGGUGGGCGGCUUCAUCGUGGCGGCUUUCCUCAUCAUCCUGGUUAUUAAGUUCCUCGGGGAGUUGGUGACUUGAUCCCUCCCUCCUCACUAGCACACCACUCGGGAACACAUCCCUCACUGUUAUAAGAUCUGAUGCGAAUUGUCCCACUUCAUGGUUUCAAUACAAAGGGUGGCGGUGUUUGUGACUGUGGCGAGGUGACAGUGAGCCACGCGUGUUAAGAGUAGCGGCAGUGUUUGCAGUGACUGAUGGCGCACCGCAGGCAAUUGCAGGACUUCGCGACGUGUGUGCACUGCCAAGCCGCAUCUGCUUUCCUCUGAGACAUUCUGCCAUUCCUCAGCAAAUUUUCGUCACUCGAGAGAAAUUUGGUUUGUAAAUGUGAAGUGUGUCCACGAUGCGCUGAGGGAGAGGAGUCAAUGGACGGCAACGUGCCCGCCAGGGAACCUCUGCACCACCACCACCACACGACACACCGCACACACAAGUCACACCGCCUGCCCACCCUUUCACGUGUGUCCCCGCCACACACUGCACACUAACACACACUGAUACAAUACACAGCGGCAUUCCUCCUUCCAGGAAAGCCUGUUUUGUGUCAUAUAUAGAUUUUGGCUAUAAACGUGUUAAAUAAAAGUCUUGUAAGUGUG